AUGGGUUCCUCGGGGACACUCAACGUGUUUGACAGCACCUUGAAGUCGCCGUCCAACUUGCCAUAUUUCGAGCUGAGCUGGUCGCCGUUGAGUACCGUCGGGGCGCUCAACGUACUUCUCGGCUUCCUCGUCAUCGGUAUCACAUCCUUCUCCAAGGUCGCCGUCGUUCCCAUCGUCUCCUCGGCGGCGGGAGCUAUCGCGAACGGGCUGUGCUACUAUGCCUACUACGACGAGACGUACUACCCUCUCGAAAGGAAAGCAGUCGUCGCGGCCUUUGGGGAUUUCUUCUGGAUGAUUCAAGAAGCCGGCCUCCCCUUCUACAGCUACAUCAUCCUCCGCAACAUCCUACGCGGCACCCGCCGCAAAAUCUUCACCACGGUCUUCUGGCUCGCCCUCUUCGCCGUCCUCGUCGUCCGCGUCCUCAUCAUCGUCUUCCGCGUCGAGCACAUCCUCCGCGCCGACGGCAGCCUGCAGAGCCUCAUCAACGGCCUGCACAUUGGCUACUUUUGCCCGCUCGCCAUGACGGAAUGCGUGAGCGCCUACUUCCUCCUCGGCGCGUUCGCGGAAGCGCGGGCGGCGUCGGCGCAGGCGGGUCUCCGGAUCGGAUUCGUGCGGUAUCUGGUGCGGAGCACCGAGGUCCGGCUCGCGACGCUGGCGGUGACGGGGGUCAUGAGGACCGUUACGCACUCGUUGAAUAUAUCGCAGAGUAAUCCCGUCACGAGCUACGCGGAUCGGGUUGCGUAUACGCUGGAGUGCUUCUUCCCGGUCAUUAUGUAUGUUGACUUGCUAGCAUCGAGGCUACAGUACUCAGUGCAGACGCGUGGAUUUUCUUUUGCAAGCGAUCAGGCUCUCCGUUGCUUGGAUUCAAGGGCGAAGAUAGAGGACUACAACUACCUGUUCGUCGUAGAGUAA